AUGUGCAGCGUCUUUCGGAGAUCCUCAGGGCGAUUCAAGCUGCACGAGGCGAUCAACGAAGGUGACAUCGAGUGCCUGGCGGAGGUCGCGCGCAGCAGCAGCCACGGAUUCGAUGGAUUGGACGAGUACGACGAUGAGGGUCAGACAGCCCUACACCUGGCAGCAGACCAAGGUCUGGCAGAGGCAGUGGCGAUCCUCAGCACCAGCGGCGCCGACCUGAACAUGCCGCGGGAGGAGGAUAGCCGCACCCCGCUGCACAUCGCGGUGAACGAAGGCCACGGGGACGUGGUUGAGGCCCUGCUGGAGUCUGGCGCCAAGGUCAACUCCCCUGACGUCGACGGCUGGCUGCCGCUGCACGUGGCGGCCUACUACGGCGCGGCCGACAUAACGGGCCUCCUGCUCUCACACAACGCGCUGGUCAACGCUGCGACGUCCAAGGCGCAGACCGCGCUGCACAUCGCGGUGGAGAUGGCGGAGAACCGCUGGCUGAACCGCGACUACGACUACCAGCUCACGAUCAAGCUGCUGCUGGGGGCUGGGUCGCACGUCAACGCGCGCGACGGCUACGGCCAGGCGCCCGUCCACGUGGCGACGAAGAACCUGGACCUGCCCACCAUGGGGCUCCUGCUGGACCACGGCGCCGCGGUGGAGGAGCCCAUGGAGCCGGACGGCCGCCUGCCCAUCCACAUCGCCGCCGCGCGCUCUGGGCAGCUGGCCCAGGAGGCCUGUGACCUGCUGCUGGCGCGCGGCGCGAGCAUCAACGCGGCCUGCAAGGGCGGCCGGACGGCGCUGCUGGCCGCGAUCGAGAGCAAUUGCCCCAGCAUGAUCAAGUGGCUCCUGGGGAAGGGCGCAGACCCCCGGAGGGUUGUGUUGGCGAUGCCACUUUGA